AUGGAAGAGACCAGCCCAACACCGACGGUGCUCGGCGCAACUGAUAGCGAGGUCCUCGCCGAGCUGCCGCCUGGCAGGUGCUCUGAUGAGUUAGCAGCCUCCACGGGGCUAGUUCUCUCUGCACUCACAGCCCUUGUGACCGCUGAGCCCCAAGCCGGUGAGGAGGAAAUCCACCAUGACCGCAUCAUCUCGUGCCGCUUCCUUUUGAGCAUGUUUGCGUUGGACAGCCUCUCCUGGGCCACUGGCAAGAUCUUCCAGUACGAGGCUCUGCUCAUUGCAGAGGAGCUUGGAUGGUGCUACCUUUUGAUCUCCUUUGUCACUACAACUGCAGAGAUCGUGGUGGAAUUCAUCGCCUCGGCGCUCACCCCUUUGAUACACGCUCGUGUGGAGGGGAUGCGAAUAAGCAGCCGCAGCCUGGCGUGUCUGGCAACGAAGGCAUACGCUGGGAGCAAUUUAGUCGCGCUGCUGGUGUACCCGGCCCUUGGGGCAAUGAUCCACCUGGCCGGCAUGAAAGACACAGUGAUGGUUUGGAUACUGGUGAUCGUGCGGACCCUGCAGUACAGCUUCUGCAACCAGGUGGGAGACCAAGCGCUGGAGAUGAGUCGGCCCUACUGGCUGCACAGCUUCCGCGGAACUUGGCUUUGCCUCCUGGGUCGCUGCCCAGGGCUUCUCGGCCUCCGUCGCAAAGCUUCGCCCGAGUCCGUGUCCUACUAUGUGACCCUCCUCCGCUUUGCGAUCAUGUUCGCCCUAGGCUCGGUGUACGUGGCGGUGCACAAGAACGACAUGUUUCGAUGGUCUUUGGCUGCACUGUGCCUCAUUGUCAAUGCUGCAACCUCCGUGAUGCUCCUUCGCCAGCUACCUGCACUCUCGCGUGGGAUCGUGGAAGCUGCUGAAGUUGACAUCCAGGGGGAGAGCCAAAGGUUGGCAGAGGCUGCCAGCUCCCGAGUACGACCUUUCGGCUCCCUGGCCUCAGCGGAGCGCAGCUACUUGCUCUUCGUGGUGAUCGCUUUCGGGGCUCCGCCGCAAGCACUCGAUGCUCUUCAGAGCGUCUUGCUUCUGGAGCUGUCGACGCUGAUGCAAGGUGCCCUGGUCGGCCUGGCAUCGCUACUGGUGUUGGUGAGCUUGGGAUUGAAGAUCAAAAGCCUCCCUCCGAGUGUUCCAAAUGAGGGCGCCGCUGAGGCACCGAAAGUCGCUGAAGGCUCACACCGCUGGCAGCGCUUCCGGCUCGGUUGGUUGCUCCCAUUGCUUGGGGUGGUGCUGCUGCUAUCAGCCGGCGUGUCCCUCGCAGUGUGGAUUGGCGGUUCGGCAAUUUUCGCUGCCAUGGUAAUCUUCCUCCCGAUCGGACCCUUGGACAAGUUCAUCCACGCGCGAGUCGACACUUUCUUGCUGUGCUACGAUGCCGGCAAGGGAUCGGACUUGGUGUUCUGGCAGAACGUGCUGCAGGUCUUGGUGAAUUUCCCUUUGUUGGCCGCCAACUGGCUGGCCGUGGAGGCUUCUGGCUGCAAGGCUGCACAAGAUCAGGCUGAGCUCGAGGCCGCCAGCUCCGUGAUCCUUGUCGGGCUUGUCUUGCUGGGCCUCAUGUGUGCUUACUUCCUGCUCAUCGAGCCCUGCAAAUCCAGGGAUCGCCUACAGCAGCUAGUGGACGAUGCUUUGGGGCCUUUAACUGCGAAGGCGGCAGACUGA